AUGACGUCAGCAACAAUGGAGUUCUGGAACACUACUGGAGGUUUCCAGCAGUCGUCGGCAGGCGGUGAGCUCAUGGAAGCACUUGAACCUUUUUACAAAAGUGCUUCGUUGGAUUACCAAAAUACCCUCUCUUUCUCUUCAUUCUCUCCUUCUCCUUCUACUUCUUAUUCAUGCCCCUCUUCGUCUUUUUUACCUUCUCCUUCUUAUUCAUUCCCUUCUUCGUCUUUUUCAACUUCUCCUUCUUCCUCUACGAACCAACAACAAUUCGGAUCGUACCCGGAUUGUUACUUACAUGGGUUUUCUACCCCAGACCCGUUUUAUUAUGAACAACCCGGAUCAACAGUCGGUUUAAACCAAUUUACCCCAAUACAGAUCCACCAGAUUCAAGCCCAGAUCCACUUCCCCAAGAAUGGAACCCAAUUCAGUCCGAAACCUGUACCCAUGAAGCAAUCUGGGUCACCUCCAAAACCCACGAAGCUUUACAGGGGUGUAAGGCAACGUCACUGGGGAAAAUGGGUCGCCGAGAUACGAUUGCCCAAGAACCGCACCCGGCUUUGGUUAGGUACCUUUGAUUCAGCAGAGGAAGCCGCGCUGGCCUACGAUAACGCCGCAUACAAGCUGCGUGGUGAAAACGCGCGGCUCAAUUUUCCUCAUCUCCGUCACAACUGGUCUCAGACCGGUGGCGACUACAAGCCACUCCACUCUUCCGUUGACGCUAAGUUACAAGAAAUUUGUCAGAUCUUGGCAGAGGGGAAGAGCAUCGAUGGUUGUAAGAAGUCACGACAGUCUUCGGGAAAGUCAAAGAAGGCGGCAGAGCAGGCGGAAGUGGUCAAGGUUGCAGGUUCCGAGAGUGACGGCGAAGGAGUGUCCGGUUGCGGGGAUUCUUCGCCGUCGUCGGGACUUACCUUUGCUGAUUUCUCAGUGGAAGAAAGCGCGUGGUGUGAUUCUGAAAAUUUCUCGCUGGAAAAGUUCCCGUCGUACGAGAUCGAUUGGGAUUCUAUUUGA